AUGGCUGAAAUCGAUGCGCAUCUCGUGGAACCCCACGCUGAAGAAGGCUUCACCCGUGUUGCAAAAGAUGUCUUUGCUGGCACUUGCGGUGGCAUUGCUCAGGUCCUCUCUGGUCAACCUUUCGAUACUACCAAAGUUAGACUCCAAAGUGCACCUGAAGGAACUUACACAGGCGCGUUAGAUGUAGUCAAAAAGCUCCUCAAAAAUGAAGGCCCGGCUGGCUUCUACAAAGGAACCCUCACACCUCUCGUUGGUGUUGGCGCAUGCGUCUCUAUCCAGUUCGGUGUCAAUGAGUUUAUGAAACGAACCUUUAAUGCACAAAAUGCCCGUGCUGGCCACCCAGGUGCUCAUCUAUCUCACACCCAAUUCUAUAUCUCCGGUGCAGCUGCUGGCAUUGCUAACGGAUUCUUGGCCUCCCCCAUUGAACACAUCCGUAUCCGUCUUCAAACACAAACCACAACCAAACUUUAUGACGGGCCUAUCGAUGCCAUCCGUCAAAUUAAUAAGGCAGCUGGCUUCAAGGGAAUUUUCCGCGGAUUGCUUCCAACCCAGAUCCGUGAAGGUCACGGAAUGGGUGCUUAUUUCUUGGCCUUUGAGGCUCUUGUCGACCAUGACAUUAAAACAAACAAAAUCCAACGUAAAGAUAUUCCUGGCUGGAGGCUCUGUCUCUACGGAGCUUGUGCCGGCUAUGCCAUGUGGUUCACUUCAUACCCUAUUGACGUGGUCAAAUCUAAGAUGCAGACCGAUGCACUUGAUCCAGCAAAGCAGCAGUACAAGGGAAUGAUCGAUUGUUUUCAGAAAAUCUACGCAACAAAUGGAAUCAAGGGCUUUUUCCGUGGGUUUCUUCCAACUAUUUUGCGUGCAGCCCCAGUCAAUGCAUGCACCUUCUAUGCCUUUGAACUGACUAUUAGAUAUUUGGGUUAA